AUGACUCAGAACAUUUAUACAAAAAAAGGACUUUUAGAUGAGGUUAAAUUAUGUUCCGGUUGCUAUAAUACACAAUUCCAGAAUGUUAGUAGCGGAAAUCAAGAUAUUGACAAUUUAAUUAAUGCAACACAUAAUAAUCAGCCUAAAUUUAGAUUGGAGUGGAUCCCAUUUGAUGAUUUUACAAAUAUAGACCAAAUUGGAAAUGGUGGUUUUAGUGAAAUCUAUAUGGCCACAUGGACAAAAGGAUCAAUAAAAAGUUGGAGCAGGAUAGAAAAAAGAUACAAUCGAAAUAAAAAUCAAACCGUUGCAUUAAAAGUUCUUAAGGAUUCCAAAAAUAUUAAUUCAGCAUUCCUAAAAGAGUUACAAAAUAUUGUUAAAAGCCAACCUAAUUCCAACCUUCGCCACAUUAUUCAAUGUUAUGGAGUAUCGCAAUUUCCAAAAAGAAAUGAUUAUAUUUUUGUUAUGUCUUAUAUGUCUAAUGGAAGUCUAAAUCAUUAUUUAUCUAAUAAAUUUAAGGUUAUUACUUGGGAAAUGAAACGAAGAUUUCUUAAGUAUAUUGUUACAGGCAUUAAAUGGAUUCAUAAAAAUAAAAUUGUACACCGCGAUAUACACGAUGGAAAUAUAUUAAUAGACUAUAGCCCUUUAAUUGCAGAUUUGGGGUUUAGUCGUCCAGCAAAAGAUGAUUUGAAAAGUUCAGAACCUAAAAUAUAUGGAAUUAUGCCAUAUAUUGCACCUGAAGUGUUUAAUAAAAAGCAAUAUUCAUUUAGUUCAGAUAUUUACAGUUUAGGAAUGAUUAUGUGGGAACUUACAAGUGGAUAUCCCUUAAAAAGGCCAACUAUUGAUGAAUUAUAUGAUGAAGUAUAUUCUAGAUAUUGGGGUCCAGACAAAAUUUUUAUAGAAGCUGAAGAAAAACGACAAGAAUUACUUAAUGCUGGGAAAUUCAUUGCUAACUAUAUGCAUCCUCAUUCUAAAACUCACAGCCAAUUAUUAAAUCCUACUAUAGACUCCAUGCCUUUAGAUUUACUUCAAGGUUCUAAAUAUUUUAUAUUACGCCCUAUAGAUUCUUUUCAAAGCAUUAGCAGCGAUUCAUUUAAUAUUAUUUCUGAGCACUUUAAAAACGUUAACUGUCUAAAUUCAACGAUAAGCAUACCACCUUCAAAAAAACAUUUUAUCGAAUUUUUACCAGAUGAAAAUAAUUAUAAUUUACAGCCAUAUACCUUAUCAUUAAAUGAUGCCAUUUAUCAAAUUACCAACCUGAGCAAUUUGAAUUUAAAUCAUGAUAAACUAUGUUAUGAGGCAGGAAACACUCUAUCUGAAGCUCUACGCGCAAACCACACUUUAAAGCGCUUGGAUUUAAGUUCAAAAAAUCUAUGCAAUGGGGCAGGGCAAGGAUUAGCUGAAGCAUUACGCAAUAACAAAACACUAACAAAUUUAAAUUUAGAAAACAACUAUCUUGGUGACGAUGCAGUAAUGGCUCUAGCUAAGGCUAUGUAUAAGAACACCACUCUUAUGUGUUUAAAUUUAAGUAAUAAUCGAUUUGACAGUAAAGCUGAUAGGUGA